CGCUUUUUUACGUCGGCGUCUGACGUCAUCACGUAUAUUUCCAAACAAUGCUCAGGAAAAAGCCACGUUGACGAUACGGACAGAGGAGUAGAGCACAGUUUGGGGCAAAACAAAGCUGGAAUUUGUUUGUCGGACGCCUCGGUUCGUGUUAUCAGCAGACUGUGGGUUGGAGAGGGCAACAUGUCGUCCCCCCCGAAGGAGAAAAAUGAAACCAAAGGCGGACACCUCCCUGCAGUAAAGGCAGGCGGUAUGAGGAUAGUGCAGAAGCACCAGGCACCUCCUGCUCCUGAACCCCUGCAGAAAGAAGAGGAGGAAGAGUAUGUCAGCACCAGCCCACCUAAGGUCCCUGUAAUUGUUUCUGGAGUGGUCACAAAGGGCGAUAAGGACUUCACGCCUGCAGCAGCUCAGGUGGCUCACCAGAAGCCUCAGCCUGGUAUCCCAAAGCUGCCUCCCACCCAGCACAUCAACCAACACAUCCACCAGCCCCGCAAGUGAGCCGAGCGGGCGCCAACGGUUAUACUUUAACUCCAACAGCCAGCCUUCCCAACGGAGCGUGAAAUAUGAAGAUGGUUCCCAACCAGGGCUCAGAUCUCUCUGUAAUACCAGUAAUUUUUUUUUUUUUUUUGCUUUAUAUAAUCAAGAAAAAUGUGUGCGCAACAGAUGUUCCAUAUAAACCGUACACCCUGCUGCAAUGCUGGUUCUGCACUUUGAUGAUCUCUUUUGUAAAGCCUGCUUGGUAGUCUUAUUGAUCUGAACAAAGCCUUCUCACUA